AUGAAGAUUCCCUCUAAACUAUCUCUAUCUUUGCUUUCCAUAGCAGUUCUGUGGGGAGGAUGGCUUCACUGCCCUGCGGAUGGAAACGGUGGUAAGUCUUUGAUAUUUAACUGUUUUCCUGUGCUCAUCCGUCUUUUGUUUAGAAUUUCAGUCCGUUAUUUCUUCGAAAUAGCUAGAAAUGUAAGACUUGUGAAAAGCAAAUUUCUGCAUCUUUUUCAAAGUUAUUUGUUUCAUCGACUUCUAAUUAAUUAUAUCAGUAAAAAGUACCAAGUUGAACUUUAAUUUACGUUAAAAUACCUGAUAAGCUCCAUGUGUCUUUCGCCAAACAAACUUGUACACUUCACCGUUUUCAGUGCAAAAUUUUUCUUUUACCCCUCUUUGUCAAUAAACAUUGUCGACUUUAUUUCUAUGAUCAAUAAGUUUUUAAGUAAUGGCAAAUUGUGGUCGAUUUUUUAGUUGAAAUGACAAGGAAAACUUGCCAAUCUAUGUUAUUUUCCGGUAAAAAAAAUGAACCAACAUUUUCGUUAGUAAACUUUCGGCUAAAAAUCGACGGGAAGGCAGAAAUUAUUUUUUAAUCAGUUUUUUGUUUCACGCGUAGCACAUAGAUUUUAUUGUUAGUCGCCCUUCAGCUGCAGCGUGCGAAGCGCACUUGCUGCGUCCCCGUACUUAAGAAAACCUUCAUGAUGGCAUGCUCUACAUAUCAUGAUGCUUUCCCAAACUGCAUUUCGUUCCUUUAAUAUCAGUUUUUCUGCACGAUAGGUCUUGAGACUAAAAGAUGAUGUAUGUAAACGAAAUUUAAGAGGAACAACGAUUUGCAACGAGGAAGAGGAAAGAGUUUUUAGCCGCCCAUUUAAGUAGCAGCUAGGCAUUAGCAUUAACAAAGACAAACAUCAGAUAUUCUGCUUGCUCAACAACACCAAAACAGGUGGUUUCUUCCGUUAACUAAAAUAACAUAGAGUUUUAUCAUUCAGGAUUAACAUAUUUUUAUAUAUUUUAUGUAUAAGGCGACAUAAGCCAACCAUAGUUUUCAAAUAAGUUUAAAGCUAAGAUUGCAAGUAAAAAAUCUGAUAUUGUCUACCAAUGGAACACACAGUUGAAGUGUGAAAACUACCUCGUAAUAAAAAACACUUUGUUUUUAAGAAACUGAAGAUUCAUAUUAAAACCUGAAAAUUUUCCUUUUAAAGCAAUUUUACGGUAAAAUGAUCUCUUGCAUCAGAUAUUACGCGGAGCGAUAAGUUUGAAACCUUAUUGAUUUAUUUUUUAGCUAUCUUUUACGAACUACCUUAAUACCAAAAACCCUUUUAAUGCAAAAGGCUACCAUGAAGAUCUAACGGCAAGAUAUUUUUUCCCGUUAUUUAUUCUGUUAUCAGUGGAGUCACUGUGUGUGUGUGUGUUUCGUUAACUAACGGACUGAAAAUAGUAGCGUUGUUGAUUUUCUUUUUAUAUUAUUUUCAUUUUAUUUUUAUUUUUUAUUUAUCUUUUUUUUGUGCUGACCCAAAGUGUUUAGGGUACGCUAAUAAAUUCUGUAAUAUCUGAUGUGUAUCGCCCUAGCAGUGGUAUUCACGUUUCUGAUCAGAGUAUAAGUAUUUCUCGAGCUGUCAUUCUGAUGACAUUUUUUGACAUGAAUCCAAUUCCUCCAGAUUUUGGCUGCCGAAGUCUUAGGUUUAAGAGAUCAGAAGGAGAAUGUGCUCCUCAGCGUUAUGUAUUUAAAGAAAUUUACUUGCCAAUGGGGAAGGAGCUCAUGACUCAUGACUGUAGAUAUGAGUGCUUCAUGGAGAGCAACUGUCUGUCUGUGAACAUUGGCCCACCAAACGAGACAGGCUUCAGGCUCUGCCAACUGAGUAAUUUUGACCACACCCAACAUCGUGAAGAUAAAGAAAUACGAAAAGGUUUUAUUCUCUGGGCCUCUGAGGUAGGAUUUUACUUUACAUUACAAUACAAUCGUCUGAAAUCAGCUUGGAUGUUUUCGGUCAAGUAUAACUGCUAACAGGCGUUUUCUAUCCUAUCAGAAUUCGUGCACCAGUACUCCCUGUCUCCAUGAUUCCACCUGUCUCAAUGGAUAUACCGACAAGAGAUACAUUUGCCUGUGUCCAGAUAAUUACACGGGAGAAAACUGUGAAAAAGGUCUCACUAAUAUUCUUUUUCAAUAUUCUGAAGGUUCUUCAUCCAGCUUGUGGAUAAGCUCAUAUCAGUCCUCAUUGUUUUCUUUUUUUAGAUAGAAACGAGUGUAUUGACAACUCUCAUGACUGUCAUGCCAAAGCUGUUUGUAAUAAUACCGAGGGAUCAUUUACGUGUAGCUGUACAGAAGGUUAUCAGGGGAACGGUCGGAAUUGCACAGGUGAGAUUCAUAGAUAUUCAUAG